UCAUUGUCAAAGCAUAGCCAUUUGAAGGAUAUUUAAGGACAAGGAAUAAAUGUGAUAGUAAAAGUGAAAGGAAAUAAACUCUACUUGGAUUGAAUAUGACGUUACUAUAGCGAUGAAAAAAUAUGCGAUCAAUCAAUGUUCAAAAACUUCCCCAUCCCAUAUUAUACUAUUUAGUAACAUGGAUUAUCUUCUACUUAUUAUAUAAGGUGAAUAUAGCUACUGCAAUCGCCUGUUAUUCUUGUGUGUCAGUCAACAAGAGCAACCCAGCUUGUGAAGACCCGGUUAGUGCUCAUGUGCAAAUUCAACGACCAUGUCGUCAAACCAUACCUGGACAUGAUGGUUUUUUCUAUGCACACUAUUGUUCAAAAAUCAAGGGUAUCCGUCAAAAGGAUGGUUUCAGUCUGCUGAUACGAAGAUGUUCUAUGGAUAAGCUUUCCGACAUACCAACUCAUUGUGGACAAUUUCAACUAGACGAAGAUUUAUAUCACGGAUGUAUUGCAACUUGCUCCAAAGACUGGUGUAAUGUCAACAAUAAAUCUUCAGUAUCUGACUGGACUUUAAUUUUAUCUGUGCUUACUCUAUUGUGUAAUGUAGUAAUCUAAACAAUAAACAAAGGCUUUUUCAAAUUA